UUCAGCGCUGCAUCGACCCCGCGGCCGGGCAGGUGCGAGAUCUCGACGCCAUCGCUUCAUCCAUCUUCAUCUAUCGGUGAACGUAAUCACCCAUUGAUCUCAAUCUCGGGCUGUCCAGUGCAUCCGGUGCAUCCAGGCGACCCCGCCUUGACGUCCGCCACUGCCGGCCCCGCUUGCCGCAGCUGCGAUUGAUUGACCUCACCUCUUGUUCAACUUCGUCGUCGACCUCACCCCCGACAUCCACCACGGCUCCACGACAGCUCUACGACGGCUCCCGCCCGCCGUCGCCGCACCCUCCACGGCCGCCGCCCGUCCGCCCGGCCAAUGCUUCGGGUCCGCAGCAGCCCAUGACGCCACCAUGGCGGCCCUCAGCGAAGACGACAUCGAGAAGCUCUUCUCCGGGGCCCCCCAGUACUUUGCCCGCUCCGAGAGCCACUACCACGGCGCGCCGCACCCCAGCGUGGCCUUUCCGUUUGACGAGGAGCUCGAGAUCCGCGACCUGACGGACCAUGUGCAGAUCGAGGACCGCGCCUGGAGCGGCGUCACGGCCUGGCCGCACAUCACGCGCGACCAGGAGCACGACGCCGCGGCCCGCCGCCAGGCCGAGGAGCAGCACCGCGCGCACUUUUACGUCCGCUGCCGCGAGCGCCCCAACAUGCUGAGCAUGCACGGCGUCGAAAAGGGCACCAUGGGCUACCAGGCCGCCCUCGAGCUGUCCGCCGCCGACUCCCUCGAGGAGGAGCAGUUUGGCUUCGAGAGCGUCGGCACAAAGGCCCGCGCCAUCGUCGACGCCCGCGAGCGCAUCCUCGCCCCCCAGGGCUGGCUGCACCGCCUGCCCGAGCCCGACCUGCUCGACCGCCUCCGCCGCAACGCCGACCUCUACCGCCGCAACGACCUGCGCCACCGCAAGUCGGCCGACACCCACGCCGACCUCUUCCACGCCCUCAUGCGCCCCUGCAACACCGUCAUCGACCGCACCGACCGCCACAGCCUCCCCAACCAGAUCGUCGCCCUCCUCAAGUGCAUGGGCACCGCCAACGUCUGGAUCGACCUGUCGCGCGUCGAGUGGCGCAUCCGCCUCGGCCAGGUCCUCUGGGGCGACAAGGGCGACGACGACCUCGACGACGCCACCGCCGUCCACGACGCCGACUCCGCCGCCGAGCGCGCCGAGGAAAAGUACUGGCUGCUCAUGCAGAUCCUCGUCGCCUCGGAGCUGCUGCUGCGCCUCGACGCCGUCACCGAGGGCGUCGAGUUUGGCUCCGGCGGCAUCAAGGCCAUCGACGUCGCCUACUUUGAGCGCGGCGCCUCCCCGACCGUCAAGUGGUCGCUGCUGCUCGCCCGCAGCUGGCUGGAGAAUAUCGAGAUUGUCAAGGAGCCUGUCGAGGAGCCCGGCCCGCAGCCGCCGCUCCUGCGCCCGCCGCCGCCCCGCCGCGGGAGCAGCUGGCUCGCCUCGCUCGUCAGCCGCGUCUCCAACCGCCACCACAAGCACGCGCCCGCGACGCCGUGUCGCUACGCCAUCCGCGGCCGCCACAGCCAGCGCCAGGUCGACGGCCUCAUCCACUUUGCGCGGAACCUCAUGUGGCCCGACAUCGACCGCUACGAGUACGGCAUCUCGGAGCGCGCCCAGAUGGCCGGCGGCGCCACGCCCGCCAGCUCCGCCGCGUCCGUCGACUCGGACGCCUCCUACUUUGGCGCCUGGGACGUCACCUGCCACCGCGGCAAGCCAAAGGCCCGCGCCCACGCCCAGCGGCGCAAGCUGGCCGCCGCGCUGCACGAGUCGGGCUGGAUCACAAAGUCGUACGUCUUUGGCCUCGUGCUGCCCGGCGAGACGCUCUGCCACUACCUCAUGGCGACGCUGCUCGAAAACGACCGCGAGGCCAUGGCCCGCCUCGGCCCCUGCGCCAACCUCUCGGGCGGCUUCGUCUACGCCGGCAAGAGCUUCUGGAGCACCUCGUGCAUCGUCGGCAGGGUCCUCGCCGCCGGCCAGGGCGCCGCCGAGUGCAUGGGCUGGAUCUCCACCGACGUGGUCCCCGACGGCCGCGGCGACGGCUGGCUCAGCAUCGAGGCCGAGGACGUCGCCGACGACCUCGCCCACCUCGGCAAAAGGGCCAGGAUCUGGGGCAAGAAGCGCCUCGAGCGCGAGUCCAGCAUCCUCGGCGACGCCAAGGAGGACUCGGUCCUGCCCGCCGACUUCAUCGUCCCCCACGAGACGGGCUACUCGGCCGCGCCGCCCUCCGUCCACGUCGAGCUCCUCGCCCUCGACCUCUCCGCGCCCGCCGCCUCCGUCCCCGCCACGCCCCUGACCGAGCUCAUCCCCACGCCCUCGACCGCCGCCCCCGCCGGCAAGCCCCCCGAGAUGCUCUCGUACCCGGCCAGCCUGCGCUUCUCCGUGUCCGUCGACGGCCGCGACGACGAGGAGCUCGUCUACCCGCUCACCUACGACAUCUCUUUCGUCACCGCCCACCCCUGCGCGCCCUCGCACCGCGUCAGGAUGCUCAAGUCGCCCUCGAGCCCCACGAUUCAGAAAAUAGACGUCUCCGGGUCCGCCAUGCUCCAGGGCUCCCGCUCCGUGAACAAGAUGGGUGAGUGCCCCGUCGUGGCAAAGGCCCCCGACUGACAGCCCCAGGCCAUCCCCUGCACAAGUACUACAAGUUCACCGUCAUACACGUCUCGGAGCUGCUGCAGAAGCCGCGCACCACGCUCUCCGAGUUUCUGCUCGACCCCACGCUCGGCAAGGCCCCCGGCGCCCCCGGCGGCGUCCUCGUCGUCGACUGCAUCUCCGCCCUCGCCGACGUGCCCCAGUCGCCCGCCCUCGAGCGCGUCGCCUCGUCGCCGUCCGGGUCCCCCGUCGGCCACCGCAAAGGUAGCUUCUCGGCGGCCGCCCAGAUGUUUCUCGAGUCGCGCAAGCGCCACUUUGGCUCCGACAUGGAGGUGCUCGUCCGCGCCCUGUGCGCCCAGCGCGGCUGGAACGCCCUCGUCAGCCGCCGCAAGCGCGGCUGCCUGGCCUGCGCCAUCCGCGAGGCCGGCGCCCUGGGAUGGAGGGUCAUAUUGCGCGUGGAAUAGACAAACAAGCGGUCCCCAGCGUAUGAGCGUAUAUGCAGCGUAGGAUUAUUGUAUAGCACCAUCGUAUCAGUCAUUGUACAGCUGUGCCUGCCAUGUGCGCACCGUCACGUAUCCAAUGUGUUGCGCUGGCCGGCGCUGUGCGGGUUUAGCCAUACGUCUAUAACUAUUGGAUGGAUCCUAUAGCACCGGAUCUACGUGCGCUACUAGCGCUAGGGACGGCGAGCUGCCAGGGGCUCUCGACGAUUAUUGCGAGCAGCUAUAGCCUGGCCGUGGUAUAUGGGCGCGCUUUAUAGAUCGAAGUGCGAACUAUAGAUGGUUGGCUAUACAUCUAUAAUUAUGGACCCUAUAGCGGA